UUUGUAGUAUUUUCGGAAAAGUCUUGAUAAAGGUAUUGGAUUAUACUUUUAUUUUUAAAAGUUGGCAUCACCACAAAUGGGUAAUAAAAGUGGAAGUGCUCUUGGAAUUUGAUUGUUUACAAAUUUGAAAAGAUUAAAAUGUCAUCUGUUAGUAAGAAUAAGAAGAGAAAAAACAAAAAGAAGUACUUCCAGUCUAAUAAAAAACAUAAAACUGGAGUUUUAGAGGCUGGAUUAAAAGGAUUUUUAAUUACAUGCAAUAAUGAACAUAUGUGUGUUAAAGAAGCAUACAAUUUACUGAAUGAAUUUGCUGAUGAUUUAUAUGGACCAGAAUUUGAGGCUACGGAAAAAUCUUCCGAUUCAAAAGAAUUGGAUAUUGAAGAAGAAUUGAACAAGGAAAUUGAAGCUAUGAAAACUAAGAAAAGAAGGUUUCAACAAGUUUGUACAAUGGUUAAAGGAAUACUUUUCAUCAAUACCACUGUACCAGAUCCUACAAAAUUAGCGACUUCCAUCUUUGACAAUGUACUUCAAACUGGUAAACGACGGGGAAGAUUUAUUCUAAAAAUGAUACCAAUCAUAGUCACUUGUAAAGCUACCCAAAAUGAUAUAAGAAAACAUCUUGAUGAGCAUAUGCAGGAAUUAAUAAAAAAUGAUGAAAAUAAGAAACUCACUUAUAGAAUAGAAAGUAGAAUUCGUCACAAUAAUAAUAUUAGUACAUCUCAUGUACUAUGGUAUGUUAGAGAAUCGGUUGAAAAGUUUGCCCCAGAAUGGAUUGUUAGUUUAACAGAACCACAACUAGUGUUUUCUAUUCAAAUAUUGCGUUCCAUAUGUUGCAUUGGAAUUUUAAAGAAUUAUAUGGAAUACAGAAAGUAUAAUUUGUCAGAAGCAGCCAGUAUAAAUGAUAAAGAGUCAUCCCAAAUCAAUUCUCAAGGAGAUUGUGAUGAAAAACAAACCUCAAGUGAUGAAGAAAUAAAUGAAGGCAAUAUGCAAGAUAGUGAUUACAAAUUACAAAUCAAAGGAAAUAAAGAUGAAGACAUAGUUCAAAACAAUGGACAACAAGGAAACAAUGAUGAAAUUCAAGCUCCAAGCAAUAAAAAUGUGACUUCAGAAACUGAAAAGUGCAAUGAAUCAUGUAAUAAAAAUUCUUGAUAAUAAAAUUAUGAUGUCUAUCUCUGGAA